CACGAACACUUGCUGUUUUGUCAAGAGGAGAACUUGGAGGAGUUUAGCGAAGAAGAAUUUGAGCAAUCUAUGCCAGCGACGCUUCUUUCGACACCCUGUGAGUCUGAGCGCCACCUUCUCUCGCCGACGGAAGUUGAGCCCGAGGAGGAGUGGGCGGAGUUGCUCUACUCUCUCUUGUCCAAAGAAUGGGAAUUUCUCCCGAAACUCUUUCCCGAUGGCGGCGAUUUUUCUUACCUCCAAUCGGCGAGGACGGUUGCGGUGGAGUGGGUCGCGCGGGCUGCGCGACGGCACGGCUUCUCCGCCGUCACUGCGCUUCUGGCCGUGAACUACCUCGAUCGGUGCUUCCUGCCCUGCAACGCCCGGGGAGAGCUGCUCCGCCUCCAGGACGACAAGCCAUGGAUGGGGCGACUCGCGGCCGUGGCGUGCCUCUCAUUGGCGACGAAGGUGGAGGAGACGCGUGUCCCUCUCUCCGUCGACCUCCAGAUGCCUGAGACCCCAGAAGACGGCGGAUUCGUGUUCGAGCCCAAGACCGUCCGACGGAUGGAGCUCCUGGUGCUCUUCGCUCUCCGAUGGAGGAUGAACCCCGCCACUCCCCUCUCCUUCCUCCACCAUUUCUUCCCUCGACUCCAUUCGAAGGCUAAAUCUGUCGGAACUGACGCCGGCGCUGUCCACCGCAUCCACGCGCUGUUGAGGAAGAAAAGGUGGAUGAAUGCCACCAGGUCACUACUAGGACCACAAUCUGUUCAACACAACUUGAUAAACUUGCGGGAAACCAGUUCUUCGAACUACAGUGCCUUCUUUCUACACAUUUCGCAUACAUAAGGCUAAGAAGCAUGUCUCAGAAGCUGUCAAUAAGGCAGCUCUCAGGUUCUGUUCUUCUGGCAAUUGUGCUCCCAAUUUGCAGGUUAUAGUUAUUGAAUAUAUCCACCAGAUCUAGAUCAACAGAAGAAGAGCACUGAAUGCUUCUAGUACGAAUAAUAUAGUUAUGCUCGAGAAUGCUGGUUGAAGGCUCUUGUGUUAUCAGUUUAAAAAAUUAAGUGUCUGAUUUUUCUGUACAGAAGCUUAUCUAAUUCUAUAGAUGGAGAUGACCUCAUGAAAUGAGAAGGUUCAUUGUACAAGGUCAGGUAUAGUUGGCUUGGAUAUCCAACAAAGCACUGCAACAAUAUAAUGGGACUCGACAUAACUGUCCAUCUCAGCUGAUGAGGAAAAUGAAUACCUCCAUAGAAUGGGGGUCCUCUGAGCAUCAAGUCCAGGCUGGGGUGGAACUCUUGGACUUGCUAAAAGUCUUGUAAAGAAAGUUGUGAGACUAGAUGUUCCUGUUGACAAGUAUCCAAGUUACAACUUUGUUGGCCGUUUACUAGGACCACGUGGGAACUCCUUAAAAAGAGUUGAAGCUUCAACUUAAUGCAGGGUUUAUAUACGAGGUCAAGGUUUAGUGAAGGAUUCUAUAAUGGAAGAAAGCUUAUGGGAUAAAUCUGGAUAUGAACACUUAAAUGAACCAUUGCAUAUACUAUUAGAGGCAGAAUUUACACCAGACAUAAUUGAUGCUCGCUUAAACCAAGCUGUUGCUACCCUUGAAGAUCUUCUGAAGCCUGUGGUAACAAAAACUUUCACCCGGGUUGCAUCCUCCUCGUUGUUCUACAAGAUGUCGACGCGAACGUUAUUAUCGAAACAUAGUCACUAUUUAAACUCCAAAUCUUGCAGGAUGAGUCAAUGGACUACUACAAGAAGCAACAACUCAGGGAGUUGGCCAUACUCAACGACACGUUGAGGGAAGAGAGUCCAUAAAUGAGCCACAAAUGUUCAGGGAGUUGGCCCACAGGAAACAGUUGUAAAUGAAGUUUAUUUUGUUUAUUUGUAUUGAGAUCAAUUUUAUUUGAAUAUGAGACAUGUUUCUUCUUUUAUGAUUAUAAUUCUUGUGUAAGUAACAUUUUGAAUGAUAUUGAU